AGAAGGGUUUAUUCAGCUUUGCAGUGAAAACUUCCAGCAAAGGCCCCACAUUUUAGAUUUUUUUUCCUGUCUAAGGGCAAGUUUCACAUGCUGUGUUUUUCAGUCCAAUGCUUUCUUCAGGAAAAGGAGGGAAGAAUCAUUUCAGUCUUUGCCUAAGAAUGCAGUAAAGUAGAAAAGCUAACAAAACUGUGGACAUUUUCUGCUAUAACAUUAUUACUCGUGAGUGAAGUUUUCUGAAGAGAAAAAAAUCAACAACUUUUCAUAAUGGAAAAAGAUCUGGCUAUUUUAUUCUUGGUGUUUCCUUUGGUUGCAAAGAGUCUGUAUUCACCAUCACAAACCACAGAUCAGGCAAAGAAAAGAUGUGAUGAGAAGCUGCUUGUUACCAUGAAAACUGAAUGCCAAUCUUGUUUUCUAAACCUUGAAAUGGACUGUCCUGCUGGUUAUAUGAAAAUUACAAAUGGGUCUGGAAUAAGAGAUUGCAGGUAUUAUCUUGCAAUUGAAAUCAAGACCUACACUUUAUCUCUUCCUGGCUGUCGACAUAUCUGUACGAAGGAAUUUCAACAACCCGAGUGCUGCCAGGGAUAUUGGGGCCCAGACUGUAUGGCAUGUCCAGGAGGAGCCACAUCACCCUGCAACAACAGAGGGCGCUGUUCUCAGGGUAUAAAUGGAGAUGGAACAUGUGCUUGCCAAAGAAGAUUUGGCGGGACAGCUUGUGAAACAUGUGCUGGAGAUGACUUAUUUGGACCCAACUGCACAUCAGUUUGCAGCUGUAUCCAUGGAGCCUGCAACAGUGGAAUUACAGGGGAUGGUAGAUGCACCUGUUUCUCUGGAUACAAAGGGAUCAACUGUGAUGAGCCACUACCCAGCUGUGAAGCUUUGCAGUGCGCUGAAAAUUCCCGAUGUUCUACUUCUCCUGAUGAUGAAACAAACUUGGAAUGUGCAUGUCUUCCCAAUUACCAGGGAGAUGGUAAAACAUGUGAACCUAUCAACCCAUGCUCCCAAGCGGUCUGUGAUCCCAAUGCUUAUUGCAUAUAUCUUGGACCUAAUCGUCAUGAAUGUACCUGCCAAGAAGGUUACAAAGGAGACGGUCAAGUUUGCUUACCAAUAGACCCUUGCCAAGGAAGGUAUGGAAAUUGCCCUGCACAGUCUACCAUUUGCAAAUAUGAUGGCCCAGGAAAAUCCCACUGUGAAUGCAAAGAACAUUACAGAAACUUUGUACCUAGAAAAGGAUGCAGUAUGACAGAUAUUUGCGUGACUAACAACACCUGCCAUAAAAAUGCUAAAUGCACAAUGGUUGCACCAGGACAAAUUAUGUGUACUUGUCAGAGGGGCUAUGUAGGCAAUGGGUUCAUAUGCUAUGGAAAUAUCAUGGAACGCAUCAGAGAUCUGAACACUGAACUAGAAGGGCAAUGGCAAGGAAAGCUGACAUCUGCCUUAUCACUCAUGGAAUAUGCCUAUGAAUGGGCUCUAAGUAGUCUGGGACCACUUACUGUGCUAUUACCAACAAACAAAGGCUUCAGAGGAGUUAAUAUAAAAGAUCUUCUCAGCAACAAGGAGAAAGCCCAGUACUUUGCAAAACUCCAUAUAAUUGCUGGUCAGCUGGGCACCAAUGACUUGAAUAAUACAAAUACAAUUUAUACUUUGACUGGAAAGUCAGGGGAGAUAUUAAAGGGUGACAAAGACAAUCAAUUAAAAAUUAGACUCCAGGGGGGUAAGAAGAAAGGAAAAAUCUUACAGGGGGAUGUAAUUGCUUCCAAUGGAAUUUUGCACAUUAUUGACAAGGCCAUGGACAACGUUGAACCAACGUUUGAGAACACUAAAGAGGAAAGCAUAAUGUCAGUGCUUCGAGACAAUAGGAAAUACAGCCGAUUUAGAUCCUUAUUAGAGAAGACUACCCUGGCAUUUGCUUUAGACCAGGAUGGUGGACCUUACACAGUCUUUGUUCCAAGUAACAAUGCUUUGGAUAACAUGCAAGAUGGAGCUCUAGACUAUCUCCUUUCUGCAGAGGGUUCAUGGAAGCUCCUGGAGCUCAUUCGCUACCACAUCAUCUCCUACACUCAGCUGGAGGUAGCCAGCCUUAUCUCAAUAGAACACGUCAGGAGCAUGGCUAACCAAUUCAUCUAUUUUAACACAAGCAGCAACGGACAAAUCUUGGUGAAUGGUGAAGAAAUGGAAGAAACAGAUAUCAUUGCAAAAAAUGGUCGAAUUUACACCAUUGCAGGUGUUCUUACCCCUCCCUCAAUUGUUCCUAUUCUACCUCACAGAUGUGAUGAAAAAAGAAGUGAAAUUAAAAUGGGUUCCUGUGUAAAAUGUUCAGUGGUCUAUAGGAGCACUUGUCCAGGGAACUCAAAGCCUAUAUCUUUAUCAAAAGGCAGAUGCGUUUAUGAAACCCUGAGCAAUCUAGCAACUGGCUGUGCUAGAUACUGCAAUGUAACAGUAAAGGAACCUAAAUGUUGCAAAGGCUUUUAUGGUUCAGAUUGCAGUCAAUGUCCUGGAGGUUUUUCCAAGCCCUGCUCAGGAAAUGGACAGUGUAUGGCUGGAAUGAAAGGAAAUGGAACUUGUAUUUGUGCUGAUGGAUUUCAAGGAUCACACUGUCAGUUCUGUUCUGACCCUGAUAAAUAUGGACCUCAGUGUGACAAAAAAUGUCCAUGUAUGUAUGGAAAAUGUAAUAACAGAAUAGACAGCGAAGGGGUCUGCCUGCCUGGAUCAUGCAAAAGUGGAUAUAUUGGGAAAUUCUGUGAUAAGCAUAUCAUCCCAUGUCAGCCUUUUGUGCAGUUCUGUCAUGCACAGGCAACUUGUCAGCUCAGCGAUGGCAUCAGGAGAUGCGUUUGCAAUCCUGGAUAUGAGGGAGAUGGAACAACCUGCAGUGAAGUAGAUCCUUGUGCUACUUUAAUUCCAGGCGGUUGCGAUACCAAUGCAGAAUGCAUUAAAACAGGCCUUGGAACUCACACAUGCAUCUGUCAGCCAGGUUGGAGUGGGGAUGGAAGAGACUGCUCAGCAAUUAAUAAUUGUCUGCUACCAAACAGGGGAGGAUGCCAUGACAAUGCCACCUGCAUGUAUGUAGGGCCAGGACAGAAUGACUGUGAGUGCAAGGAAGGAUUUCGAGGGAAUGGAAUUGAAUGUGAACCAAUAAAUUCUUGUUUGGACCAAAAUGGAAAGUGCCAUCAUCUGGCAACUUGUCAGUUUGUCUCUUCUGGUGUCUGGAGCUGUGUGUGUCCAAAGGGCUAUGAGGGCGAUGGCACUAUGUGCUAUGGAAAUGCAGCAGAUGAGUUGUCUGCUCUGUCAGAGGCAGCUGGAUUUAACCAAUGGAUUAAUGAAGCUGCAAUCAACUCGGUGCUAUCCACAACUCCAAAUCUAACUGUCCUCGUACCUUCUCUUCAAGCAUUUGAAAACAUGGACCAAGAUGAGAAAGCCUUUUGGAUGUCAAAGAAUAACAUUGUAGCCCUGCUGAAGUAUCACAUAUUAGUGGGCGCUUAUAGACUGGCUGACUUCCAGAAUUUGUCAUCCUCUGAUACACUGCCAACAUCUCUCCAUGGCAACUUCCUGCACGUAUCAAAAGAAAAUGAGAAUAUCACUGUCGAAGGAGCAAAAUUUGUGGUUGGUGAUAUUGCUGCCACCAAUGGAGUCAUACAUGUCAUAGAUAAGGUUCUGAUGCCCCUCAUCGGUGUGAGCAGCACGAUGCCAAAACUGCUGGCUCGCUUAGAACAGAUGCCCGAUUACUCCAUUUUCAGGGGCUAUGUCAUUCAAUAUAACCUGGCGAACGAUAUAGAAGCAGCGAACAGUUACACAAUUUUUGCCCCAAAUAACGAUGCAAUUGAAAGUUACCUCUGGUAUAAAAGGACUGUCACUCUGGAUGAGGACCAAAUCCGAUACCACAUUGUCUUGGAGGAGAAGCUCUUGAAGAGUGACAUGCACAAUGGCAUGCACAGGGAGACCAUGCUUGGAUUUUCCUAUCAAGUGGGAUUCUUUCUCCAAAAUGACCAGCUGUACAUUAAUGAUGCACCUAUAAAUUAUACAAAUAUUGCAACUGACAAGGGCAUUAUUCAUGGAUUAGGAAAAGUCUUGGAAAUCCAGAAGAACAGAUGUGAUAUAAAUGACACUGUGAUUAAAAACGAAAAGUGUAGCACAUGUUUGUUUCGAUUUCGCUGCCCUCCUGGAACUAAAGCAGUAGGAGAGAAGAAAUAUUGCAUCUAUACUGAAUACUAUAGGGGAAGGUUAUCCAGUCACAUUGGAUGUCAGGCCACAUGCAUGAAGACUGUCAUUACGAGAGGAUGCUGUGCAGGCUUCUUUGGUCCACAAUGCCAGCCCUGUCCAGGAAAAGCUGGAAAUGCCUGCUUUGGAAAUGGCGUAUGCAUGGAUGGUGUUAAUGGCACAGGAGAGUGUAAAUGCGAUGAGGGUUUUAAUGGAACAGCAUGUGAGACCUGUAAUGAAGGCAAAUAUGGCCGCAACUGUGACCAAGAAUGCCCUUGUGUUCAUGGGAAAUGCAACAGUGGGACUGAAGGCGAUGGCACUUGUGAAUGUGAUGUUGGAUGGAGAGGUGUGAGAUGCAACAGUGAAAUCAAAGAUGAUGCAUGUAACAGAACAUGUCAUACCAGUGCAAACUGUUUUCUCCGGUCUAAUAGUAGUGCAUAUUGCAAGUGUGCAGCUGGGUUUAAGGGGAAUGGAACAUACUGUACAGCUAUUGAUGCAUGUGAAACUGGUAAUGGUGGCUGUUCUGUCAAAGCAGAAUGUAGAAGAACCAACCCUGGGAACAGAGUGUGCGUUUGCAAAAUUGGAUACACUGGGGAUGGAAUAGUCUGCCUUGAAAUCAACCCCUGCUUGAAGAACAAUGGUGGAUGUGAUAGAAAUGCAGAAUGCACACAAACUGGACCAAACCAGGCAGUGUGCAAUUGUCUGAAGGGCUAUUCAGGGGAUGGUAAAACAUGCACGUACAUCAGUCUGUGCUCAGUGAACAAUGGUGGCUGCAGUGAAUUUGCAAUCUGCAAUGACACAGAGCUGACAGAGCGGACCUGCACCUGUAAACCUGAUUAUAUUGGGGAUGGAUUUACAUGUCAAGGCAACAUCUAUCAGGAGCUUCUCAGGAAUAGCAAUACUUCCAUGUUUUAUUAUCACAUGAAGGGCAUUGCUAUCAAUGAUCUCACAGGCUCUGGACCAUUCACUGUGUUUGCACCCAAUAAAGAAGCAUUUGUCAAUGAACCACAAGCUAAAUACUGGAUUACCAGUGGAGUGAUGCCCCAAAUCCUUCGGUACCACAUGGUGGCCUGUGCCAGACUACUCUAUAAUGACCUCACAACAACUGCAAAUGUCACUUCUCUCCAGGGGGAUCCCAUCCAGGUCAACUACUCAGAGAAUUCAUUGUAUUUGAACAACAAAGCGAAGAUAGUAUCCAGCGAUGCUGUUGGCACAAAUGGCGUGAUCCAUGUCAUAGAUAAAAUCCUAGUCCCACAACAUAUUCAGCAGUUCCCCACAGGGGAGUCAGGCAUUAAGCGGGAAAGCCUUAAAAUGGUUGCAGCCAAACAUGGAUACAUCCUGUUCAGCAACUUGCUAGAGGAUGCUGGUUUGAUGAGUCUAAUCAACGAUCCUAUCCAUAAGCCAGUCACCUUGUUCUGGCCUACAGAUGCAGCUAUCAGAGCGCUGCCACAGGAACAACAGGAUUUCCUGUUUAAAAAGUCUAACAAGGACAAACUGGUACAAUACCUGAAAUUCCACGUCAUCAGAGAUGCCAAGAUUUCAGCCUGUGAUCUCCCUGGCUCCAACUCACUGAAGACCCUUCAAGGUUCUGAUCUCAGUGUAAAAUGUGGGGAUAAUAAUGAUAUUGGGGCUCUUUAUCUGAAUGACAGGAGAUGUAAGAUCAUGCAGCGGCACCUGGAGUUUGAUGGUGGCAUUGCAUAUGGUAUCGACUGCAUGUUAACGGACCCUACCCUUGGAGGACGAUGUGAUACCUUUAUCACUGGAAAUUUCACGGGGGAUUGUGCUGGCUGUUACAAUAAGCUUAAAUGCCCUACUGGGGCUAAGCCACAGGGAGGGAUCCAGAGAUGUACUUAUUACGCCUAUGGAAGGAGUAUAGUAGGUUGUCGUCAGGACUGUUCGUUGGUGAUCUGGAUUGCAAAGUGCUGCAAGGGUUACUUUGGGCGAGACUGCCAAGCCUGCCCAGGUGGGCCAGAAGCCCCAUGUAAUAAUCAUGGCUCAUGUAAAGAUGGAUACACAGGAACAGGGGAAUGUACAUGUAACCCCGGCUUCAAUGGGACUUCAUGUGAGCUGUGUUUGCCAGGACGAUAUGGCUUUUCUUGCAAACCUUGUGAAUGCACGGCCUAUGGACAAUGUGAUGAGGGAUAUUCUGGAUCAGGACGAUGUUUCUGUGAGACUGGAUGGACCGGCCAGUUCUGUGAUACCAAACUAGUUCUGCCACCCGUAUGUUCACCUAGUUGUUCCAGUAACGCUGUCUGUCAAGAAAACAAUAUAUGUCAGUGUAAGCCAUUUUAUGAAGGAGAUGGAAUCACAUGUACAGCUGUGAAUCUUUGUAAACAAAACAACGGCGGGUGUCACAAGAAUGGAAAAUGCACACAAAUCGGUGUGAAAGUCUUUUGCAGCUGUCAAAAAGGAUACAAAGGAGAUGGCUAUGUGUGCCUGCCUAUAAACCUUUGCGCUGAUGGGUACAAUGGUGGUUGCCAUGAACAUGCCAUUUGUACAAUGACAGGACCUGAUAAACGGAAAUGUGAAUGUAAAAAUAACUAUGUUGGUGAUGGGCUGGACUGUACUGUGAUGCAACUUCCAGUUGAUCGUUGUUUGCAAGACAAUGGGCAGUGCCAUGCCAACGCCAACUGCCGUGAUCUUCACUUCCAGGAUGCCACCGUUGGAGUUUUCCAUUUCCAGUCUCCUCAAGGGCAGUACAAACUGACUUAUGAAAAAGCAAAAGAGGCCUGCGCCAAUGAAUCAGCAACAAUAGCUACAUAUAACCAGCUGUCAUAUGCUCAGAAGGCAAGAUACCAACUCUGCUCUGCUGGCUGGUUAGACACUGGAAGAGUAGGUUACCCAACUGCCUUCUCUUCUCCAAACUGUGGAUCAGGAGUUGUUGGAAUAAUUGACUAUGGGCCUCGAGUCAACCUGAGUGAAACCUGGGAUGUCUUCUGCUACAGAGUCAAAGAAGUGAACUGCACAUGUAAGCCUGGCUACGUGGGAGAUGGCUUCAUGUGCAGUGGGAACCUGCUUCAAGUCUUGAUGUCCUUCCCCACGUUCACAAACUUUGUGUCGGAAGUCCUGGCUUAUUCUAACAGCUCCAGGAAAGGGAAAGAGUUCCUGAAAUACCUCUCAGACUUGUCAAUCCAAGCCACUCUCUUUGCUCCAAACAAUAAUGGACUAAGGGAAAAUGAGACACUUUCUGGACGAGACAUUGAAUAUCAUUUGUCCAAUGCUAGCACAGUGUUUUAUGAAGAUCUGGCCAAUGGAACUACUCUUCAAACCCGGAUAGGGAAAAAACUUUUAAUUACCUGCAGCCUCAGCCAGGAUUUUCAGCUCCCUACAAUUAAACAGGAGACCAGUUUUGUGGAUGGAAGAGCUAUUACUGAGUGGGAUAUAAUUGCUUCCAACGGGAUAAUCCAUGUCAUUUCAGCACCUUUAAAGGCUCCUCCAAUACCUCAUUCUCUACGUGCUGCAUCUGGAACAGGAAUCUUCUUUGCCACCAUCCUGCUUAUUGGAAUCAUGGUGUUUAUUGGGUACACUUACUUCAGACUCAAGAACAGAACCAGUGGCUUCCAGCAUUUCAAGUCUAUAGAUGACAUUGAUGCAACAGCACUGGACAAUUCACAGCCUUCAAACAUUACAAAUCCCUCAUACGAAAGUUCUACUGCAACUGCUCCACCAGAACCUACCUACGAUCCAUUUUCUGAUUCUGAUGAACAGCAGCUUGUGACGAGUGGUCCUCAAGAUCAGUUUUGAAGACUGAACUUACAGAAUUAGACUGUGAGAUGCUUGUUUAUGGGGUUUAAAAAAAAAAACAAAAACCAACACAACCCAACAUUUACUGUGAAUCAUCUCCAAAAUGAUCAAAGUACAACAUUUAAAAUAAUCAAUCACACCAACAAUUUAAGUUUAAAACUUAAAUUGUUCUUUUGCCUUUAUGCCUUCAUUUUGUUUUGGGAUCGAAGCAAGUGCGAGUAUUGAGAGCCUAAGUUUAAAAGGGAAAGUGACUGAACAAAGAAGGCAGAAACUAAUGUUCCUUUUCUGUCAUUCCUUCUCUUUCCUUUAGUUUAAACUGUAGCUCAGGGUGUUAUGAGAUAGUGAGUUGGAUUAUACCAAUAUAUAGGUCAAACUUCACAUGUCAAAAUGCAAAAAUAUAAAGAUCUGAAUUGACCUACCAGAGUUAAGCAGAUCCCAUUCUUCUUCCUCAAACAUAUCAAAGUUUAAGAACAUAGCAUUUGCCAGAUAACAGCCCAAGAUGACCGUUUCCCAAAGUCCACCUGGCAACUAUUUCACAACUCAUGCCCUUCUAUAACAGAUAUUACCUCUUCAAAAACACACAGGCAUUCCUCCCGUUGACCUUAAUUGGUAUAUGCCCGCUAUUCUUUUGCCGCUAUAGCUCCGCUUUGUCUUGGGGUUGAAUCUAGAUGUGGUAAACAUGGAGCUUAAGCCAAAAACACUUAAUAGCAUUAAGACAUUCAUUUUUAAAAUUGUUUGCUUUUGUCAUUACUGUUCUUCCUUGUACAAACUGAAGUAAAUGAAGAUGCAAAUAUGG